GGAAAACUUGCUGCUGUUCUCGUCUUAAAGAAGUCCUACUACCAUCUACAACAAACCAAGUGGCGUUCAGGAACACAGCAUGUACUGUGCUGACUCAAAAACGCUAAAUGAACUAAAAAUAUCACCAGAGACCUACCCAUGUGUUCCAGAAAUGGUCUACGCAGCAGACAAUGGUUUGCCUACAGGGUUGUCCACAGUCGGGUACCGAAGCAACAGAUAUACACCGAAAGAGGCAAAAGAAUUAUUGGAACAGCGCUAUGCCCAGAGUGACCAGAGUCUGAAUCUAUCUCAACGAAUUCGGAACGACUGCAACGACCUACUGUUAGAAACAGAUGCACUUUCGAAAAAGAACACCAACAAUCUUACACUCCGCUUAAAGGAGCGUUUGCACGAUACAAACUUCUGGAAAACAGAACUGGAGAGGGAAAUAGAUGAUAUGAUAAGAGUGACCGAUAAGCUGUUACAGAGAAAAAGAGAGCUAGAAAAUGCGUUACUGGUUGUAGAACAAGCCAUCCAUGUCUGUACGGACAACUUAAAUGCACGUAGACGGCAUUAUGGAGAGGAUCUUCAGCAAGAUGAUGUUGAACUCCAACUAAUUAAGGAACUCGACAUCCUGAACAAAUCAGCCCAAUUGUACAAACGCGCUAUUGAACAGUGCGAAUAUCAAAUUAAGCGAAACAGGGAUUCAAAACAAGACCUUGAGAUGAUUUGGAGUGAUAAACUGGAGGCCAGUCAGCUCUUGGAUCAAGCGGCUAAACUAGACGUGUACAGCACGAACAAACAAUUCUACCACGGUGAGGCAAGGCGUCAUCCUCUUGCAGCACAGUCGACCGUUGAGUCCUGGGCUCAGCAUACGCACGAUGCCAUAUUACGCUCAGAACAUGAAAGAAUGGCCAGUGAGGAGUUGUGGACUGUUACCACCAACAUCUUACAUGACGUGAGCAACGAUAUAGUGCAGCAGAAAGACACGGUCAAUGCAGUCUUGCAGAAACAUCUGACCAAACUGGAGAACGAAUUGUUCACCUACCAGCAGAAACUGAAGGAAACCACCGAUGAAAUCCGAGAAGUGGAGAAAACCAUUGAAGAUCUUCGCUGUGCAAUCUCAGACAAAGACAACUAUAUUAAGCUGGUACAAACCCGGCUACAUUUGCAUAACCAGCGUCCAGGUGUGGAUAAUACCCGCGACAGGCCACAAAAAGCCAUGUUGGACGAGCUGGUGGAUUUGGAAAAAAUUUUGGAUCGUUUGAAUGAUCAACUUGUUGUUGCCGAAACCAACCUUAAGCGACUGCAAGACAAUCAAAUGAUGCUAGAAAAGCAAGUUCAAUCCAAGCAACACGCAAUACAAGUCGACAGAGAUCAUGUGGUUCGCCAUCGUGAAGUGUUUCCAAACGCUAUUCACCUUCAAGGUCAUUAUUAAUCAAGCCAAGGAGAAGCAGGACAGCCAGUUAACGGAAAGACUGCCACCCAGUUCCUCAAUCAAGCAUGGGAAACCGGGCACCAUCUCCAAUUAUGUCAAAACUCAAAAAAUGUGUUGUUUUCUGCGGUGCUCACAAGGUACAUCACCUAUAAGUCUAUAAACGACUGACUUCUACAACCUAAACUUUAAACUUUGAAAACUACACUGACUGUGUAAAUCGAAACGUGAAAUUUACUGGGUCUUGGUUAGUAACAACAGAUAUUAUGAGCUCAUCGCACGCAUCGCGUUCAUACUGCGUUCUGCUGGGAACUAUGAUGGUUGCAUCUGAUGAGGAAACAUCUUCCGAAUUCCACUUAGUUCAUUCAUAUUCGUUAACAUCCUCCACGACGCCAC